AUGUGGAAGGCUACUAGUGGAGAACAUAAGACGACUCUUGUCUAUUUUGAGAACAAAACAAAGGAGUCUAAAACCAACUGGAUAAUGCACGAGUAUCGUGCAACAACCCAAGAAACCAAGCAGCCAUAUGAGUGGGUGAUUUGUAGAAUCUUUGAGAGGACUCAGGGGGCGAAGAAGAAGAAGAAUAAAGUUGCUGCUAAAGAAGAUCAAGUUCUUGCGAUUGAUCAACAAGAUCAAUAUGGAAUACCACUGCAACAAGAGAACAACGAGCUGAUGAUGUCAACUUUUAGUGAUUGUGCCUAUAAUCAAGAAGAAGGUGAUCAUGGUGAAGAUUCAUGGUCACACUAUGCCAACCUCUUGCCCUCCCAUAUUGAAGAAGAUUUUUCUGAAGUAGUUAAUCAUUAUGAUUUCAGCACUACUUCUAUGGAGGAAGAAGAUCAAAAUCAUGGGAAAGAGACCCAAGGGAUGAUCCAAGACUUUAACCGGGCUUAUAGUGUUUAUAUGGAUCGUGGCCUUGAUGGGUUCUUGGAACAUUAA